AUGGACGACGCAACUUCGUCGGAGGAACAUUCCCACUCGGAAAAGUUACCCGUUCGUGAUAUUUUUCAGUAUCUUAUGAAACAAAAACUUUUCAAGGAAUCCGAAUCUUCAGCAUCAGAAUCGACACAUAAACCUACUGAUAGAAAGUCUGUGGAAAACCCAGCAACGUCGGAUUUUGUAGCGAUAGUCGACAGUUCAGGUUUGAUAGUGCCUUUUCAGCAAUGAUCAAAAGGCUUCUUUCAUCUUUGAAAAAUAUUUCGAGUUCGUCGAAAACUUGAGUUCAAUCAGGAGAAAAUUCACAUUUUUAUUCGAAACUUUUUUUUUCCAUAUUUUUCUACGUUGUAGAUUCAAGAAUUUUUUAGAUCAAUAAGAAAAAAAGUGUUUUUGCAGCUUCCAUUUUUUUCCCUUAGUCACCUUGAACCAGAAUGAUCGAAAAUACUAUCUUUAUGUUGAUAACGAUGUUUUGCCUUUAAUCGUUCUUUGCGCGGCGUUGGUCGCGCUACACAUUAUCAUGGAGGCUAUUUGAUCCUGAUAAAACAAAAAAAAAAUUUGGAACUUAUGAUUCAGGAGAAAUGAUGGAGCUUCCGACGGCCAAAAAUGUACUAUUCAUGACGACUUUGCAAGCUUCCUUUCCCGGAGCAACUGGCCUGAAGUACAAAAACCCGAAAACAGGUGCAAGCCGCGCGGUUCAGUCAGUUGUACCUUGCUCUACACUCCGCAGAUGAUCUUUUCAGAGUCGAUCCAUCCGGUUCUAAACUUUUACCACCUACAGACGGCUGGGAUGGGAAAAUUUUCAAUGCCAUCGUUCCACGUAAGAUUUAAGAGCUUUUAAUUUUUUUUUGUAACGAAGAAGCUGGAAAGUCUACGAAAGAGAGAAAGGGAAGAGAGAAUAGAGAGAAAGGGUGUUUUGAUGGAAAGUUUGUGCCGCUGCAUCUGAAGACAAUAUUUUUUUCAAAAGUGUGUGAGUGAAAUUUUGAGCCUUAUGUAAUGAGAAAAAGUGAUAUAUGUGUGCAAAUUUUUGAGAUUAUAGGAUUUUUUCAUUCUUUGUGUACCAAAAUGACUAGCAGAAGUCACGUCUGUAUCUACGAAGAGUUCAGAAAUUGAUUUGUUCUGCUUUUAUUUUUUUAUAACUCGUUCGAUGUUAACUCAAAGUAGCCCGACUACCAGAGAUGAUGAAAAGAGCUGAAGAAAAGUGUGAGAGAGUGCGUUGGUGCAGGAGUGGACGUGAGCGCGAAAAGACGUAAAGUGGAUUCUGACAACAACGAGUCGGACUCCGAGGGAGAGAACGGCGGACGUUCGGGCCGCAAGAGAGCGGUUCAGUUGAAGCUGGAGCCUGAGGCCAGGCGACCAACGGAUCUCAUCGUUCUGGGUAUCCCCUACAAGACCACAGACGACACCUUCAAGCAGUACUUCGAGUCGUUCGGCAACGUCAUUUUCGCCGAGGUCGGCCGUUAUCAAUGCUUGUUUUCAAACUUAGGUUUUUUGAACUUUGUGAACAUGCAAAGUUUUUUUUUGUGGAAUUUGCAUUUUCAACGAGCUUCUGAAAACGCCGUGAUCCUUAUCUGAUAUAUUUUUUUUCCUCUCUGGUUUUUUAAAUCUGAAGUGAUGAAAUAAUGACCAGGCUUAUCAAAAAUAGAAAAAAGUGUGAUAAGAGAGAAUCACCCAGAACUUUGCCCCAUUUUCUUGCAGACAAUCACGUAAAUCAGUCAUAAAAGUGUGAUAAGAGAGUUUGCCUUGAACUUAUUGUUUUGAUUAUGAUUAUCAAGAUUUGUUGCGAAAACCUCUUUCGCUGAAAGAUUAGUCAUGUCAAACAUUUUUCGAUUGACAUUCUCACUAUAGCUUAAUGUUUUGAGCAAUGAAAAUUGAGGAGCGAUUGAGAAGUGUGAGCAGUUUGAGGGAGAGAAGAGAUCACAAAAUGUAUUGUGCUACAAACUUUCCUUGUUACAAACGUGAUAAUCUUCAAUAAUAGGUAAAGAGAAAUUCGGAUGGAUCUUCGAAAGGCUUCGGUUUUGUGCGCAUGUCUACCAUAGAAGAGCAGGACAGGGUUCUUAUAAAUCCACAGCAUACACUUGACGGCAGGAGAUGCGACGUCCGUAUCCCAGAUCAAAGAGUACCUAUUGAGCAGCUUCCCGUCAAAGUUAUGUCUUUAGCAAUUUCAAUUCGAGCCGACGCAACACAAAGGACCGCGAACUCCGAUUUCGAAGCUUUUCGUGGGAAAGCUCUCGGCUUCUAUCAACGAAAGCAAGCUUACAUCCUUCUUCACGUCAGAAGCGAAGCGUCUCAACGAUCAGGCCAAUGUCAUGGACGUCUACAUUCCGAAGCCGUUCCGCAGCUUCGCAUUUGUAACUUUCAACAUUCCAGAUGUUGCGGACCGUCUUUCCAAGUUUCUUUUUCGAAUUUAUUUCUUUCUACAUGAUUUUUUUGAGGAUAACCAAUCUAGUGAUAGAGGGGUCGCCGGUUGUACUCAGUUUGGCUGUUCCCAAAAACGAAAUGUCUCGAGAUAGAGACCGCAAAACGAGGUAAAGCAUUUCCGAAUGAGCGAGAUUUUCGUGCAGGUUUUGGGAUAGGGGGCGAAACUUUUUAAAUGAUUAUUUUUUUUUGAUUCUAUGUUCGCCUAGAAACACAAAAAAAUUGUGUCCGCAAAAAAAUGUACAUCCCCUCCUGAGGGAUUGUUAUUAUUAUUAUAUAUAUAUAUAUAUAUAUAUAUUUCCAGUUCAAGAUAUGCCGACUACGAUUAUGGAAACAGAGUUCCUGAUAGACACGUUCGUAUCAUAUAACUGGAAUUUGUAAAAGAAAUCUCUUUGAAGCAAAACUAUUUUCAAUCUUCGAGCUAUCGAAGUGAGUCGCGCUCGACUUCGAACUACGACUAUCCCCAGCCAGUAGAUCAGCGAGGGUCAUCCCGCAACGGCUGGUACAGAUCCACGUAAUUUUUAUUUCCAUUAUACCGCUAGAGAAAACAAAAGAUCAGGGGUAAUGUGAAUAUCCAUUAAUAGCCCGAAAGAAAUAAAUUAGAACCAUGGUUAGAGUUUGAGUAUGAAAAAGAAAGAACUUGAAAUUUUUUUUUUCGAAUAGUUCGCUACUUUUUGUUCUUCUAUUUUAUAAAGUAAAUUUUUUUUCAUGUCAAAAAGCUUAUUUCAUUGUAACGGUUUAAACUAUUCAGCAGACUAAUAUAUAAGGUCAAGAAUGCUCAAUGGAAGAAGAGCAUUGAACAUUUUUUGAGGUUGAAUAUGACGGUUGCAGAGUGUCUCCCGCGCCGGUUUCAACGAUCACGGCGACGACUUCUCAACGACCGCAGCCGCUGAUGUCGAUCCGGCACAACUCGCCGCCUCUGGGAGCGCCGUCGCUGACGAAUCUGAUGGCUCCGAUGGGACUGUCCGUCCAGCCGCCGACCCACGCAAUGGCCAACGUCGGAGUGCGAUACGGCAAUCCGACGCCCUUGAUGCAGCAUCCACAGCAAGCCUUGCCCCCGCCUCAGACCUUUUCGAGCCCUCCUCCUCCUCCUUCCAACUAUGUCACUGGGACUCCUGGUUUCACUAUGGCCGUUUAUCCGACCAAGGAAAGGUUUCUAAUUAAGAAAGUAAUUUAUCAAACAAUUGGGAUUCAGUAUUAAAAAAUGUGCACGCACUGAAUGCAAAAAUGUUAAAGACUGUUUUACGAGUUUUAUUCACCUUCACGAAAAGUUUUCAGUCAUAGGCUAGAAGCUGAGUGGUUUCAAGAUCUGAGAAGAAAACCCGUUUACCAUUGAUCAGAAAAUGUUUUUUAUAUUUUCUGCUUUAUCCUGUCAAGGUUUCUCGAUUUACUUUUUGUAAAUUCACUCAAAAUUUAGGAAGUUUUAUGCCGUGUUCAAAGCAAUUCCCGCGAAAAUCAAAUUCAUCUCUGAAUCCCUAAAAAUUUUGGUCGCCUUCUUCACACUCGGACGGCUAUUUCAAAUUUUUCGGAAUCACUUUGAACACGGCACUAACUACCCAUGAACUUGUCCGUCAACAAGACUAGGAUUUCUUUAUCCAUCGAUUUAAUGCUCUGGUAUCAUUUUUCAAGGACAGGCAACUUUUUUUGAAAUUCAGAGGCAGAAUAAAAUUAAUAGUUUCAUUUAGCUCUCAAAGCUUGCUCUACGGGCAGACGGCCAACAUUGCAAGUGGACUCGACGCCUUGGACUUGAAUCCGAAGCCGGAGUUGUUGAGUGGUUGGUGACUCUUAGUCUCGUGUUCUAGGACAUUUACAGCCGCUUGGAACGCUUUCUUCUCGACUUUGAGCAAUCCACAAGGACAGUCGAGGCCCCUUCCUGGUCCGUGGAAGUGA